CAGCCUGUAGGCCAAGGCCAAGAUCAAAGAUUGAAGCACAGGAUUGAAGAUUCAAGAAGCAGAAGCAAGAAGUCAUGAUUUAAAAAAAAAACUAAUUUAACUCGGCGGCCAAAAAAAAGAUUGCGAAAAUAUAAAAAUUGCUCAAUUUCAGACUUUGAAAAACUGUAAACCUGUAAUAAUAAAAUAAUAAUUAUGUUGCGACGGGUUGUAAAUAACAAAAUUUACAUUGCGCUACAAAUCCAAUUUUUAAGGUCAGCUGUUCAACCGGCAAAACGAUGUACAAGAAGUAUUUCUGCUAUUCAUGUGGUCCCUAAUAUAAAAAACACUCAAACCGUGCCUCAACGCCUCUUCUCUGAGAAAGUUAAGGUUGAUGAACUUACUGUUGAUUAUAACCAGAUAAAAAAUGCAACACUUAAUGAAAAAAUCUUGAUUGUCGAUGUUAGAGAACCUGAAGAAGUGAAGGAACAUGGAAAAAUUCCUAACAGCAUAAAUAUCCCAUUGGGCAAUGUCUCAACGGCUUUAGGUACCAUGUCAGAAAGUGAAUUCCAAACCAUAUAUAAGAGGCCAAAACCUACAGAAGACACUGAAAUUAUAUUCUACUGUAUGAUUGGGAAGAGGUCUGGAAUGGCGCAGCAAAAUGCUAUAAACUUAGGAUAUAAGAAUGUGAAAAAUUAUCUCGGUAGUUGGACUGAUUGGGCAAGCAAACUUCAUAAUUAACAAUAGUUGAAUAUAAUAUGGAUGAUGACUCUAGUCAAACAGCGACUUUUUAUCAAACGUUAAGACGUAUGGGGAGCUUGUAUGAAAUACAUAGAUGUGGCGUUAUACAUAUUUAACAUACUUUUUUAAAUUUUUGGAUUUUAUGAAUUUUGGAAGACCCUCUGUUUAAUAAUUACUAAGAAAUAAUUUAUUUUCCGUAACUUGGACUCAACACCCUGAAAAGCAGGUGAGAAAGAGGCGAUUUAAUUGCAACAUACAAAGUACACAAUAAUUAUAAUAAUGUCCCAAAUUUUGAAAGCAUGUUUGCGAGAAGGAGCAAUCCUGGACUAAGGGUACAUGAUAUGAAGGACCAUUGCCCAAGGAUGGGGUUAUGUCAAGCUCUGUUAACCAGUUCAAGAAUAGAUUGCACAAACAUUUGAAAAACUCGAAGCACUUGAUAGACACAUAAGGGAAAGCUGCUUAGUCUAUUAAGUAUAGGGAUCCCAAUAAGAAGAAAGUUUAUAAAUGGUAUGAAUGACGAUGGUUUAUUAACCUAAUUGGAAAGGAUGGAAACCAUUCAGCAGUGGGAUGU